UGGGAAGCAUGGCGGCGCCUGCGGUGGGCGAGAAAGAGAAGGAGCGGCCGGGAGGCGGCUCGGGAGCGGCGUGCGGGAACAGCACGCGAGAGCGGCUGCUGUCUGCGCUGGAAGAUCUGGAGGUCUUGUCCAGGGAACUCAUAGAAAUGCUGGCAAUUUCAAGAAACCAAAAGUUGUUACAGGCUGGAGAAGAAAACCAGGUGCUGGAGUUGUUAAUUCACAGAGAUGGGGAAUUUCAAGAACUAAUGAAAUUGGCACUUAAUCAGGGAAAAAUCCAUCAUGAAAUGCAAGUUUUAGAAAAAGAGGUUGAGAAGAGAGACAGUGAUAUUCAACAACUACAAAAACAGCUAAAGGAAGCUGAACAAAUACUGGCAACAGCUGUUUACCAAGCAAAAGAAAAACUGAAAUCAAUAGAAAAGGCAAGAAAAGGUGCUAUCUCCUCUGAAGAAAUAAUUAAAUAUGCACAUAGGAUUAGUGCAAGUAAUGCUGUGUGUGCCCCACUGACCUGGGUUCCAGGGGACCCAAGGAGACCGUACCCAACUGAUUUAGAGAUGAGAAGUGGAUUAUUGGGUCAAAUGAACAAUCCUUCCACUAAUGGUGUAAAUGGUCAUUUACCUGGGGAUGCACUUGCAGCAGGCAGAUUACCAGAUGUCCUUGCUCCACAGUAUCCCUGGCAGUCAAAUGAUAUGGCAGUGAAUAUGUUACCACCAAAUCACAGUAAUGACUUUUUGUUGGAACCUCCGGGGCAUAAUAAAGAAAAUGAAGAUGAUGUAGAGGUUAUGUCAACAGACUCCUCAAGCAGUAGUAGUGACUCUGAUUAAAAAAGUAUCCAGAAUUGAAUACUGUAGAAUUCUGUUUCUUAAACAAUAGCAAAACUGUAAAAA